GAGCGGUGUAGGCAGGACGGGAAGCCAACGUAGCUACUUCUGACAAAGGAUUUCCAGGCACGCUCACAGGAGAAAGGUCCACACACACACACACACACGCGGAUACAGCUGCGCAGGCUGACUCUUCCCUGCCAGGAGUCGGCUACUUAUGGCGUUGUUCCCCUGCCCGCCACUGGGCUUCGUGGUUACUGGACUGACUGGCUAACCGGUAGGGAUAUGACCGAGAAAAACGGGACGCGCUGAACAUUACGGACAAAAGAGAGGGGAGAGAGCUAUUGUUGCAAUGAAGGAUCUACAACAGCGAGACAAAGUAUAGGCAAGAGCUUUAUUUUAUUGUCCUCUAUUGUGUUUUCUUUGGAGAUGCAUUGACGGACGUAUCCGUGGAAUUUUACUGUACUGAGGGUCUGCAACAUUUUUUUGUUUGCAAAUCGUCUGAACAAAGGAUACGUUCCGGAAUUUUGGAUCUUCACACAAGAAGUGAAACGGGGGUCACACGAAUAGAAAAACACGCCUGAUCUGAUCUGAUAGUAAAGACCGCUGGCAUCAUCACGGAGUGAUAAGACAGACAUCGAAAGUCAUUAGAGGAAAUGGGAAAAGGAGCCACGUCUGACCAGUAAGCAUGCAUCCUCAGCAAAGAGAACGAGAGCAGCCACUGUUCAGUGCCAAGGCGCACGUCUUCCAGAUUGAUCCGGUAACCAAGCGGAACUGGAUCCCUGCCAGCAAGCACGCAGUCACUGUCUCCUUCUUCUACGAUGCCACCCGCAGUGUCUACCGCAUCAUCAGUGUGGGAGGAACCAAGGCCAUCAUCAACAGCACCAUCACUCCCAAUAUGAGCUUCACCAAGACGUCGCAGAAGUUUGGCCAGUGGGCCGACAGCCGGGCCAACACGGUGUACGGCCUGGGGUUCUCAACCGAGCAGCAGCUACAACAGUUUGCAGACCAGUUUAAAGAAAUAAGAGAAGCUGCUCGACUGGCCAGAGAAAAGUCCCAGGAGAAGUUUGAGUUGACGAAUCCAGGCCUCAACAUUGCUGCCCCACAGCUCUCUCAGGAGUUGGGUGAGGAGCGGCACUCACCCCCCCUGCUGACUGUCAAUGGACCCGGAGGAGAGACGGACAAACUGUUCCGCAGCAAGAGCGCCGACAUGGAGCUCACCGCAGAGAAGGAGCGCAUCAAGAAGAUGCUGUCGGAAGGGUCCAUCUGUGAGAUCAACAUGGAGGCGGAGCUCUUCACUCUCCAGGACAGCAACGCCAAGCUGGUGGCCGCACUGCACGAGGCCAACACCAGCGUGGAGCAGUGGAAGAACCAGCUGGCACAGUACCAGGAGGAGACCGAGAGACUCCGAGAACAGGUGGCAGAGCUGGAGACGCAGGUUGGUCGCCCUGAGGCAGGCGAGGCCGCAGGCAGAGACCAGCUGAGCCGCUCAUUGGACGAGCUGGAGGAGCUGCUGAAGGCCAAAGACCAGGAAAUCCACAGUCUGCAGAGCAAAAAAUCGGACGUCCAUGAAUUGGAGAAGGAGAAGGAAGGGGCCCAGGAGAGACUGCAGGAUCUGGAGGUGAAGAAUGCGGAGCUCGAGCAGCGUGUGCAGGUGGCGGAACAGACGCUGGCGUCCUCGCGGGACGAGCACGGCCAGGCGGAGAACGAGGUGCGGCGCAUCAUUGGCCUCCUGGACGUCAAGAUCGCCGACCUCAACGACAUCCGGCAGAGUAUCGCCAAGCUCAUCGACAAAUAGUUGUGUCCUUGGAGCCGGAGAGGAAGAACGCUCGGCUCAGGACAUUUGCACUGAGACUGGGGUGGGGAGGGGCUAGCACGCUCCAGCGUGUCCUCAAACACCCUCACUAAGCGCACACACACACACAAAUACACACACACACACGCACACACAAAUACGUGCACACUUACACACACGCACAUAUACACACACGCACGCACUAAAGAAAUGCCCUUGUUGAUCUGUGGUGUUGGGUAGGCUGCAUUAUCAAUCUCAAUACUCUCUUCAUCUGUCUCUUUGCUUUCUUCUAUAGUUGAAUUAUGGGAAGAACUUUGUCUUUUUUUUUUUUACGCAUCAUUAUGUGUAUAAGUAUAUCAUGUGUUUAAGUCAUGGGAUGAUCUGGGAUGAAGCUGGAUUAGAGCUCUAUACAGUAUCAUGUGAUUAAUGCAAGUAUUAUUUAAGUAUCAGUGUUAGGAGACAUUUUUUGUAUUUUUAAAUGCAUGAUUCAAGUCAUUAUAUUCACCUUCAUUCAAGUUUGACUCACCAGACAUUGAGGACAUGAGAACUUUGGACACUGUCCAUUCUUACCUCAGAAGACCGGUGCACUUGGAGUGAUGCUCUCGGCUCUCGGCUGAUGGUGCAUGUUGACAUGAGCGUGACUGUCCAGAGGCCUGGCCGUACUGUGCGGGUUGAAGGAGUUCGAGCAGUUUUUCUUUCCACUCAAUUUGUCUUUUUUUGGUUGUUCCUGAAGUGUACUGGAAUAUGUUUGGCCACCUGGGAGACUGUUUAGGAGGUGUGUGUGUGUGUGUGUGUGAGAGAGAUUAAGGAGGACGAACAGUACUGAGUGCAUAGGACAGAUUGAGGACAGUGGUGUUCUACAGCUCCAGAAACGGCCUGGAACCAUCAAACCUCAGACUGACCGCUGGAUUUCAGGAGGGGGUCAGGUGCUAUUUUUGGCACAGGAUGUGAUGCCAUUAAAGGACGGCAUGUCUUUGAGCUGGUUUUGUCUCAGUGGUAGUUUUACCCCUCUCCUCUCACCACACCUGUUUCUAAUCCUUCUCCUAAAAGCAACUGACCCAGGUAAGGGUCCCACCCAAGUCCAGGCCAGUCCUUCUAGAGAGAUGUUCUAGUCUGUACGUUGCCCUUUAUUCUAGAGAGUUCUAGUGCUGUACAAUGCCCUUUAUUCUAGAGAGAAGUUCUAGUCUGUACGAUGCCCUUUAUUCUAGAGAGAAGUUCUAGUCUGUACGAUGCCCUUUAUUCUAGUGAGAAGUUCUAGUCUGUACGAUGCCCUUUAUUCUAGAGAGAAGUUCUAGGGCUGUAAGAUAACCUUUAAUGGCCUCCGACCAGAGAUCUAUUCUAGAAAGAAGUUCUAGAUGGGAGAACAGUGCCAACUUUGGUUUCUUCACUGCUGCAUGUUCAACUGUUCAGGAGUACACGCUGUGGGUGUGUGUUUCCUUUUGCCAAACUACAGAGAUAACACUGUCCCGCAGAUGAUUUGAAGAUGUGGUUGGACUAUUGCAUCUUUUUUCCACCCAAUUCUGAAGCAAAUGCUUGUAAAGUGUGACGAGAAUAUUUUCUUUGUGUGCAAUUACUGGCAGGCGGUCAAAAACAACACCAGCCUCGACAUCUUAAACAAACUCGACAAACAACAAAAUUAACAAAAGACACUUAAGUUCAAUGGUUUAGAGAAGUGACAGGCUUACAUAUCAUAUCUGGUUUACGACCAAUACGAAUACCUCAGCCCACAGCGCAGUUGCGCUCCACACACGUUAGCAAUACACACUUUAGCGCCACACAUGUUAGCAAUACACACUUUAGCUCCACAAACGUUAGCAAUACCGAGCUGCCUGCUGGCUCAAACUUGUUCUGUGGACCGCAGGGACACCAUUGCUUUGUAAAGACGUCACCAAGCACAAACACCAAGCACAUUAAACAGAACUAUGUUGUGUGCACAUUAUUGACGCUUAUGAAUUACAAAUAAACUUUGUACUCUGGAGAUUGUUA